UCCUGUGGCUUUCUCCAGGCCGCACGGAGAGAGUUCAGGGCUCACCUGGAUGAGGUCAUCACGCUCCAGUCUAGGUACUCUACCUUGGACCAGGUAAAUGGUUACACACACACACACACACACACACACACACACACCACUCUCAGGGCCAUCAGAAAGGCCUCCUGUCAUCUCAGGUCUGUGACAGGCUCCCUUUAUCACUAGAGGGCAUUUAGCACUAUUGCUAUCCUGGCCCACAGGCUGUGAUCGAUCCCUCUGAUUGGGUAAUCACCUUGUAUUUUAUUUAUUUAUUGGGCCGUCAUGUCUUUCUUUUAGUCCCCAGUAAUCAGAGUCCUCAUUGGCAUUCAUCAACAUGAACAUCAUCUGUUUCUGCUUCACAUCUCAUCUCAUCUUGAUGACUUAAUGUGGACGUGGACAUGGUGGGUGUGUGUGUGUGUGUACCGUCACUGUGUCUGUUUCUCAGUAUCUUUUGCAGCAUCUGGCGAAGACAAAAAUCAUAUUUCCUUCCCCUUCAUUCAUUUAUUCACUCAGUCAUUUAUUCAUUCAAUUAUUCAUUCAAUUAUUCACCCAAUCCUUCCCUUCUCUGUUCGCCUCACUGUUUCAUUCAUGACGUCUGGUGUUGGCAUAAUGAGCAGCGGAAGAAAGAUGGAAGAGAAGAGAGAGAGAGAGAGAGAGAGGAGAAAGGGAGAGAGAGACCCAGUGCUGGCAGAUGGAGAGCAUCAGCGACCCCACAGUGAAGCGAGUGACUAUGUUCCUUCCACUUGUCAUGUUCCUGUGAGACCGUUGUCAUGGUAAAGGCAGACGAGACUGCCUGAACAUAAGGCAGCUGGCUGCCUACGUAUCUGCUCAUUGGAGUGUGUGUGUGUGUGUGUGUGUGUGUGUCUAGCUAUUGUGAUGAUCUCUCAUCCAUCUGUGUAGUCGCUGUUGUUUGUCUAAUGCAAUGUUGUUGUUUAGGUUGAGUGCUUAAGGGGAGCUGAGCUCCUGCCUUACUAUUAUUUAUGUUGUCUAGCCUGUUUAUCUCCAGCCUAGGCGGGUUGAUCCAUAGUAUUACAGAAGGCCAAUGUUGACAGAAUCCUCCAUAGCCCAUUUCCCCAACCUUCACCUCAUCUCACUGCUAGCCUUUGUUUUGUUGCCUGCACGACCAUUAUUUCCCUUCCACUUAUGAUACUAAGAUGGGUGUACUGUACAGACCUGUUCAACAAAACAUGAUGCCAGGUGGUUCUACUAAAUAUACCCUCCACCACCACCCCCACCAUUACCCGAGUCAGUACUGCUCAAUGUCUUACCGUGCAUCUGUUUUGAAAUGUGUUUAGACGGGUUAGUUUCAGUAACGGUGUGUUGCACCUGCUCAGUCUUCCUUCUUCACGCUGAGCCCACAUCGUUCUGUGUUCUCUCAUUCUUUUUAUCACUUCAUCCGCUCCGUCAACUCUAGAACUUGACGACCUCUAGUUGGGUUAUAGAUGAGUUUAUUCCUACCCUGGUGGGUUACCGAGCCUUAAACUGCUGAUGACUUGUAGCUACUGUUUCCUAGCGUUCCUCUGCUCUGCUCUGUCUGUCUGUUGUAAAACUCUUGUCUCUGUCAUGUGCUGUCCUGUCCAUACGCUACUGUAAUGUAGCUCCACUCUAGGUUGGAGGGGCUCAACGAGGACCGCAGAGGCCAUAGCAGGACCUACGACUCGCGAGUAACUACCCCCCCCCCCCCCCCCCCCCCCGUCGUUCUCUCUUUCUUUCUUUCUUUCUUUCUCUCUCUCUGUCUCUCUUCUUUCUAUCACUCACUCUUUCCUCAGUAGCAAUCUAUUUAUUAUUCUAACAUACAGUGAGGGGAAAAAAGUAUUUGAUCCCCUGCUGAUUUUGUAAGUUUGCCCACUGACAAAGAAAUGAUCAGUCUAUAAUUUUAAUGGUAGGUUUAUUUGAACAGUGAGAGAGAAUAACAACAAAAAAAUCCAGAAAAACGCAUGUCAAAAAUGUUAUAAAUUGAUUUGCAUUUUAAUGAGGGAAAUAAGUAUUUGACCCCUCUGCAAAAAAUGACUUAGUACUUGUUGGCAAAACCCUUGUUGGCAAUCACAGAGGUCAGACGUUUCUUGUAGUUGGCCACCAGGUUUACACACAUCUCAGGAGGGAUUGUGUUCCACUCCUCUUUGCAGAUCUUCUCCAAUUCAUUAAGGUUUCGAGGCUGACGUUUGGCAACUUGAACCUUCAGCUCCCUCCACAGAUUUUCUAUGGGAUUAAGGUCUGGAGACUGGCUAGGCCACUCCAGGACCUUAAUGUGUUUCUUCUUGAGCCACUCCUUUGUUGCCUUGGCCGUGUGUUUUGGUUCAUUGUCAUGCUGGAAUACCCAUCAUCCACGACCCAUUUUCAAUGCCCUGGCUGAGGGAAGGAGGUUCUCACCCAAGAUUUGACGGUACAUGGCCCCGUCCAUCGUCCCUUUGAUGCGGUGAAGUUGUCCUGUCCUUUUAGCAGAAAAACACCCACAAAGCAUAAUGUUUCCACCUCCAUGUUUGACAGUGGGGAUGGUGUUCUUGGGGUCAUAGGCAGCAUUCCUCCUCCUCCAAACACGGCGAGUUGAGUUGAUUCCAAAGAGCUCGAUUUUGGUUUCAUCUGACCACAACACUUUCACCCAGUUCUCCUCUGAAUCAUUCAGAUGUUCAUUGGCAAACUUCAGACGGGCCUGUAUAUGUGCUUUCUUGAGCAGGGGGACCUUGCGGGCCCUGAAAGAUUUCAGUCCUUCACGGUGUAGUGUGUUACCAAUUGUUUUCUUGGUGACUAUGGUCCCAGCUGCCUUGAGAUCAUUGACAAGAUCCUCCCGUGUAGUUCUGGGCUGAUUCCUCACCGUUCUCAUGAUCAUUGCAACUCCACGAGGUGAGAUCUUGCAUGGAGCCCCAGGCCGAGGGAGAUUGACAGUCUUUUGUGUUUCUUUCAUUUGCGAAUAAUCGCACCAACUGUUAUCACCUUCUCACCAAGCUGCUUGGCGAUAGUCUUGUAGCCUAUUCCAGCCUUGUGUAGGUCUACAAUCUUGUCCCUGACAUCCUUGGAGAGCUCUUUGGUCUUGGCCAUGGUGGAGAGUUUGGAAUCUGAUUGAUUGAUUGCUUCUGUGGGAAGGUGUCUUUUAUACAGGUAACAAGCUGAGAUUAGGAGCACUCUCUUUAAGAGUGUGCUCCUAAUCUCAGCUCGUUACCUGUAUAAAUACACCUGGGAGCCAGAAAUCUUUCUGAUUGAGAGGGGGUCAAAUACUUAUUUCCCUCAUUAAAAUGCAAAUCAAUUUAUAACAUUUUUGACAUGAGUUUUUCUGGAUUUUUUUGUUGUUAUUCUGUCUCUCACUGUUCAAAUAAACCUACCAUUAAAAUUAUAGACUGAUCAUUUCUUUGUCAGUGGGCAAACGUACAAAAUCAGCAGGGGAUCAAAUACUUUUUUCCCUCACUGUACAUUCUCUCCUUUUUUGAGUAGCUGUAUGGUGUGGUGGUGGAAUCUGUGGAUUAUCAGUUCCGUUCCGUUCUCUAGUAGUCUUUUUCUCUGCUCAUCCUCUGUUCUUUUCUCCAUUAAGAUGCCAUGUAGUUCUGGUCUCUCGCUUUUGUUCGUGUGGGCUGUAGGACCAUGCUGUGUCUCCUCACUGUCAUCCCUCCCUACCCCCUCUCUCUCUCUCUCUCUCUCUCUCUUUCUGUCAGUGUUUUUGACUGCGUUGGUGUGUCAUCAGUAGUGUUGGUCCUUUUUUGAGUUGUGGUUGGUUGGUUGAUUUAAUCUUGGUCGUACUGUGGUAGAGAGGGUCUCUGUCUCUGUUCCACCAGACCUUAGCUAGCUCAUGUGCCACUCACCUUUUAGGCCAGGGGCAUUGGGUCUCAGAGAUUCCAGCUAGGGGUUCCUACGUCCUGCAGACAGUGUUCUAUAUAAACACCUGUAGAAGACAGCUGUACUGGGAUGUGAAGCGAAUCCCACCUCUUCCCAAACCAACUCUAAGCCAAACCUAAGCCCACAUGGGGUACAAUCCAAUGAAGCAGUGCCCCUUAAACAUUCCCACCUCCCCACCCACCUACCCCAUACACAUGUUCUGCUCAGUGAGACUAAUCCACUAUCCUUGGCCUAAGGGAUCCUCAUCUUAUCGAUUUAUUUAUUGCCAUUCAUGUUCUGAGGAUUGUUUUGAUUGUGAUUGUCCUUAUGUUAUGCAUUAGAAGUUGAUGGAUGUGUAGAAUGUAUAUGGUCAUUCCAAUAUGUUAGAGCCAGUGUGGAAUGCUUUUAUCCUUGUUGGACAGAGGCUGCUAUUCCCAUUGUGGUCUCACCUCAACCAUUUCUCUCUAUAUAUGUAGGUUCAAUCACGGUGUGGCAGCAAAGAGAACAUCCUGAGAGCUAGUAAGUUAUUUGAUUGAGAAUUUUCUGUGAGAGUGUGUGUAUGUGUGUGUUAGUGCUAAGCGAUUAGUGCUUUUUGAGGUCGGUUCGAUUAUUUAAAGAUUAUCACAAUUUUGGUUUCAAUUAUUUAUACCUAAUAAAACUCAGGAGAAAAAACGAGUUGUCUUCACAAAAGUUGAGAGUGAAAGACUAACACUUGCACUUGGCUUUUCUUACUAGCACUGACUUUUCUGAUAGCUGCUUCAUUUAAGAAAAGUUUUACUUACUAUGACUGUGUGAUGGGGUUGUAUGCGUGAAUGUUCUCACAUGCGUGUUUGUGUGUGUGAUGGUGAAAGACGACUAUCCUCUCCAUCACACUCCUUUGACCUUUCUCCUGUCUCGCUCUCUCUGUCCAUCAGGUCACAGUGCGGUGGACAUCACCAAGGUGGCUCGCCGGCACCGCAUGUCUCCCUUCCCCCUCACCUCCAUGGACAAGGCCUUCAUCACUGUACUGGAGAUGACCCCCGUGCUCGGCACUGAGAUCAUCAACUACAGAGGUGGGUCAAACGGACGGACUGACUGACAGAGAGAAAGGGACGGACAGACCGACAGAGACAAGUAGGAGGAUUGGCGGCCGGACAGACAAAAACACAGAUGAACGGACCGACAGAGAGACGGAAAGACAGACAGAUAGAUAGACUGACUGACUGAGAGACAGGCGGAUGGAGGGACAGACAGACAAACGGACAGACCGAGCAACAGACGGACAGAAAGCUCAGUCAUCCCCGCGUCACUGGACAUGCCUUUCUUUCGAUCCCUAUCAUCAGUCAUACCGCACACUCUGCCUUCACUACUGUCUGUAGUUGUUCUGUAUGGCUGUUGACUCCAUACCCUCUCUAUACCCCUGACCCUCUGUCUGUAGUUCCCUUUACCUACAGUCUGUAGUACUGUCUGUCUGUAUCAUAUGUGUGUCAUGAUGUUUCUGUUCCAACAGCUGUUCCACCUGACCCAGAUGCUCUCCAUUCCACCCUGUCUAUCGGUCUGUCUGAGUCCCCGCCUACCUGCCUGUUCUCAUGUUUCAUUGGCUUGAUUGUUGAUUGAUUGAUUGCUUUGCAAGCCAAUAAACAGCACACACCUCUUGACUGUUGCAUACACCUCCUAACCAUCCAGACCUUUGGCCAAGGGUAUGUAGUUCUGUCCUUGAGCUGUUCUUGUCUAUUCAUGUUCUGUAUUAUGUAAUGGUUCAUGUUUUGUGUGGACCCCAGGAAGAGGAGCUGCGGCUUUCGCAACACCUCAUGGGGAUCCUAAUAAAAUACAAAAUACCAAGGGAGUCCCUAGACCCCACAUUGAUGGUCCAGGUUUUGACUUCACAUAGGUCAACUUUAGGUGCUUAGGCUGCUUGUUUACACCAAGUAAUCUGUAGUUUUCAAAGACUUGGCAGUACAUUCUACACCAUGCAUAGAGUUGGGGAAGCUAGCUUCAGGUAGAAUUGGCCCAUGGCUCUCUAGAAUACAGAGCAUUGUCACCCAUACAGUGUCUUGCAAAGUAUUCAUCCUCCUUGGCAUUUUUCCAAUUUUGUUGCACUACAACCUGUAAUUUAAAUAUAUUUUUAUUUGGAUUUCAUGUAAUGGACGUACACAAAAUAGUCCAAAUUGGUGAAGUGAAAUGUAAAAAAUAACUUGUUAAAAAAAAUUAUAAUAAAUAAAUAACAGAAAAGAGGUGCAUGCAUAUGUAUUCACCCCCUUUGCUAUGAAGCCCCUAAAUAAGAUCUGGUGCAACCAAUUACCUUCAGAAGUCACAUACUUAGUUAAAUAAAGUCCACCUGUGUGCAAUCUAAGUGUCACAUGAUCUCAGUGUAUACAGUGGGGAGAACAAGUAUUUGAUACACUGCCGAUUUUGCAGGUUUUCCUACUUACAAAGCAUGCAGAGGUCUGUAAUUUUUAUCAUAGGUACACUUCAACUGUGAGAGACGGAAUCUAAAACAAAAAUCCAGAAAAUCAUAUUGUAUGAUUUUUAAGUAAUUAAUUUGCCUUUUAUUGCAUGACAUAAGUAUUUGAUACAUCAGAAAAGCAGAACUUAAUAUUUGGUACAGAAACCUUUGUUUGCAAUUACAGAGAUCAUAUGUUUCCUGUAGGUCUUGACCAGGUUUGCACACACUGCAGCAGGGAUUUUGGCCCACUCCUCCAUACAGACCUUCUCCAGAUCCUUCAGGUUUCGGGGCUGUCGCUGGGCAAUACGGACUUUCAGCUCCCUCCAAAGUUUUCUAUUGGGUUCAGGUCUGGAGACUGGCUAGGCCACUCCAGGACCUUGAGAUGCUUCUUACGGAGCCACUCCUUAGUUGCCCUGGCUGUGUGUUUCGGGUCGUUGUCAUGCUUGAAGACCCAGCCACGACCCAUCUUCAAUGCUCUUACUGAGGGAAGGAGGUUGUUGGCCAAGAUCUCGCGAUACAUGGCCCCAUCCAUCCUCCCCUCAAUACGGUGCAGUCAUCCUGUCCCCUUUGCAGAAAAGCAUCUCCAAAUAAUGAUUUUUCCACCUCCAUGCUUCACGGUUGGGAUGGUGUUCUUGGGGUUGUACUCAUCCUUCUUCUUCCUCCAAACACGGCGAGUGGAGUUAUAUUUUUGUCUCAUCAGACCACAUGACCUUCUCCCAUUCCUCCUCUGGAUCAUCCAGAUGGUCAUUGGCAAACUUCAGACGGGCCUGGACAUGCGCUGGCUUGAGCAGGGGGACCUUGCGUGCGCUGCAGGAUUUUAAUCCAUGAUGGCGUAAUGUGUUACUAAUGGUUUUCUUUGAGUUGUGGUCCCAGCUCUCUUCAGGUCAUUGACCAGGUCCUGCCGUGUAGUUCUGGGCUGAUCCCUCACCUUCCUCAUGAUCAUUGAUGCCCCACGAGGUGAGAUCUUGCAUGGAGCCCCAGACCGAGGGUGAUUGACCAUCAUCUUGAACUUCUUCCAUUUUCUAAUAAUUGUGCCAACAGUUGUUGCCUUCUCACCAAGCUGCUUGCCUAUUGUCCUGUAGCCCAUCCCAGCCUUGUGCAGGUCUACAAUUUUAUCCCUGAUGUCCUUACACAGCUCUCUGGUCUUGGCCAUUGUGGAGAGGUUGGAGUCUGUUUGAUUGAGUGUGUGGACAGGUGUCUUUUAUACAGGUAACGAGUUCAAACAGGUGCAGUUAAUACAGGUAAUGAGUGGAGAACAGGAGGGCUUCUUAAAGAAAAACUAACAGGUCUGUGAGAGCCGGAAUUCUUACUGGUUGGUAGGUGAUCAAAUACUUAUGUCAUGCAAUAAAAUUCUAAUUAAUUACUUCAUACAAUGUGAUUUUCUGGAUUUUUGUUUUAGAUUCCGUCUCUUACAGUUGAAGUGUACCUAUGAUAAAAAAUUACAGACCUCUACAUGCUUUGUAAGUAGGAAAACCUGCAAAAUCGGCAGUGUAUCAAAUACUUGUUCUCCCCACUGUAUAUACAUCUGUUCUGAAAGGCCCCAGAGUCUGCAACACCACUAAGCAAGGGGCACCACCAAGCAAGCGGCACCAUGAAUAGCAAGGAACUCUCCAAACAGGUCAGGGACAAAGUUGUGGAGAAGUACAGAUCAGGGUUGGGUUAUAAAAAAAAAAUCCAAAACUUUAAACAUCCCACGGAGCACCAUUGAAUCCAUUAUUAAAGAAUUGAAAGAAUAUGGCACCACAACAAACCUGCCAAGAGAGGCCCGCCCAUCAAAACUCACGGACCAGGCAAGGAGGGCAUUAAUCAGAGAGGCAACAAAGAGACCAAAGAUAACCCUGAAGGAGCUGCAAAGCUCCACAGCUGUCACGUUCGUCGUUACAGGAAGCGGACCAAGGCGCAGCGUGUGAUACAAACAUGACUUUAUUUUAAUUAACGAACAAACCAAAACACACUCGUGAAGUCCAACGGUUAAACAUACCGAAACGGAACAAAAACCCACAACACCCCAGGAAAACAUACAGAUUAAAUUGGCUCCCAAUCAGAGAUAACGACCGACAGCUGACACUCGUUACCUCCGAUUGGGAGUCAUUGACCAAACAUAGAAUAAACCCAACAGAAAUACAAACAUAGAAUACACCCAACGAAUGAAACACCCUGGCUCAAAUUACAGAGUCCCGGAGCCAGAGCGUGACAACAGCGGAGAUUGGAGUAUCUGUCCAUAGGACCACUUUAAGCUGUACACUCCACAGAGCUGGGUUUUACGGAAGAGUGGCCAGAAAAAAGCCAUUGCUUAAAGAAAGAAAUAAGCAAACACCGUUUGGUGUUCGCUAAAAGGCAUGUGGGAGACUCCCCAAACAUAUGGAAGCUGGUACUCUGGUCAGAUGAGACUAAAACUGAGCUUUUUGGCCAUCAAGGAAAACACUAUGUCUGGCGCAGACCCAACACCUCUCAUCACCCCGAGAACACCAUCCCCACAGUGAAGGAUGGUGGUGGCAGCAUCAUGCUGUGGGGUUGUUUUUCAUCGGCAGGGACUGGGAAACUGGUCAGAAUUCAAGGAAUGAUGGAUUGCGCUAAAUACAGGGAAAUUCUUGAGGGAAACCUGUUUCAGUCUUCCAGAGAUUUGAGACUGGGACAGAGGUUCACCUUCAAGCAGGACAAUGACCCUAAGCAUACUGCUAAAGCAACACUCGAGUGGUUUAAGGGGAAACAUUUAAAUGUCUUGGAAUGGCCUAGUCAAAGCCCAGACCUCAAUCCAAUUGAGAAUCUGUGGUAUGACUUAAAGAUUGCUGUACACCAGUGGAACCCAUCCAACUUGAAGGAGCUGGAGCAGUUUUGCCUUGAAGAAUGGGCAAAAAUCCCAGUGGCUAGAUGUGCCAAGCUUAUACCCCAAGACAUACCCCAAGAGACUUGCAGCUAUAAUUGCUGCAAAAGGUGGCUCUACAAAGUAUUGACUUUGGGGGGGUGAAUAGUUAUGCUUUCAGUUUUUUUGUCUUAUUUCUUGUUUGUUUCACAAUAAAAAAUAUUUAGCAUCUUCAAAGUGGUAGGCAUGUUGUGUAAAUCAAAUGAUACAAACCCCCCAAAAAUCUAUUUUAAUUCCAGGUUGUAAGGCAACAAAAUAGGAAAGAUGCCAAGGGCGGUGAAUACUUUCGCAAGCCUCUGUACAUAACAUGAAUCCAUAAUAUACACAAGUCCAGAAUGAAAACCAGGUCCAUAUUUAAUUUCUGUCUCCAUCCAUCGUCUUGUUUUCUCCGCCAACACUUAACUGAGAGCAGUGUCCAGUGCAUGUUGAAUGACUAUCAUGGCCUCAGUCACCUUGCUGCCUGCAGUGUGUUACUGUUGGGUCUAUUCGUGGGUUGUGUUCUGUUUCUAUGGCUUCUGUGUGUGUCUAUGGGAGGGGGUGUACAGUGCUAUAUAUUGGGGGUGGUUGGGAUAAUGUAGCACGUGUGUGAGCAACAACGACAGCCCCUAACCUGCGUGGACCCCGGCAGGCCCUGCUGGAGCAGAACCCGUUAAGCCCAUUUGGCCCCUGAGUGGCACGGACUGGAAAAAGCCCCCUUACUUUAUCUCAGCCACAGCGUCCACAGGAGGAGCACCAAAGCAGGAGAGGAGAGCCGUGGCUGGGGGCCCGGGGGCCAAUCAUGCUAAUGCAGCCUCCUCCCUGGCUCCCUGGCAUCACACAGGUCAGUGAUGUCAUCGGUGACGUUAUCGGUGACGUCAUGCCUCCCUCCUCACCACCAACCACCACCCCACUGAAAAGAAAAAAGAAACGACAGCACCCCACUGCCUGCCCACUUCCCAGAGUGCCCACUGCCCAGACCAUGGCAGACAGGGUUCCGGUUGGGGGUCUCGGGACGGGACGGGGGGGGGGGGGGACACACACGACCGGGGGACAGGAGGGGCCCCACCCUCCUCUCUCUUCACUCCACUGGGUCAUUUCACCUCCUGACCACUAAGGGGCAAUAGAGGGGCUCGGGCCAGGCCAUGGGCUGCUACUAGUGCUGAUGUUGCUGUUGCUUCUCAAUCUGUUGCAUGAUCUGGCUGCUAGCAAAACCCACCUACUAUCCACCUCCUCAUAUUACAUUAGUAUUGUGCAUUUAUGGAGGACCUUUCACCAUGAUGUCCUGAGCAGUUCGGUCCAGUGCCCACACUGUGUUAGAAUAAUGCGGGAGGAGUUUUUAAUGUAUGUAAAAAUAUAUGUAAAUGCAGGAGUGGGCGAGCUUUACUCUGCCAUUCCUACCGCCCUCUCUCUCUUCCAGCACAGCGAAGGUCAAAUGUGAGGGCUCAGAGUUUAUCCACCCCCUGUCAGUUGUGACUGGCAUCUAUGUGGGUAGAAUAGAUGCCCACUAAUCCACUACCCACCCAGGAAGCACAUAGACACACAGGGGAGAAGGUGUGGAAACAAAACACCCCUCAGCUCAGACGAAACGUCUCAGAACACAAGACAACCAUGUUGUUCUUUUUGCUUGUUAAGUUUGGAAGGGCGUCCUGCUCCGUUGAUUUGAUUUGUUCUCUGCGCCAAGCCUGAAUAAUAGAUUUGUAUAUGAUAGAGACGUUUCCGUUUCCCUCUCUCUCUCUCUCUCUCUCUCCUCUCUCUCUCUCUCUCUCUCUCUCUCUCUCUCUCUCUCUCUCUCUCUCGCUCUCGCUCUCUCUCUCUCUGUCGGCCAUGAGAGAAGUGAGUGACCCAGUUCUGGGAGCGCUUUCUGUGUGGUCAUUUCCCAUCUCCCAUCAUCUGCAUAUGCAACAACCGCCGGGCACAAGGACAUCAUCCACCACAGGACGGGGGAGGCACCCAACCAAUCAGGCGCGAGCGAGCAAGGGCUAGAGGAACACACACUCCUUGUGACAGUGACACACAGAGCGUCAGGGAAACACAAAGCCAGUACAUAACCCCGUCACUAACGUAACCCAAGAACACAUUCAGGAAGGUGAUAACACAAGAAGUGUAUGACCCUACCCUAAUCAACAGUGGUUGUAGGUCAACUGGGGUGUUCUAGCAGUUUGAAUCCCACCCACUGUCCUCCUCCCAACUGCCCUGUCUCUGAAAGAAAACAGUAGGUGUAGGGUGCUGAUGUAUGGGAUAAAGUUGAGCAUCACUCACACAGUGAGUUAGUGCAUCGCUAUGAACCAUAGGCUCUCCGACACCAACCCAAAGUAAAUAUGGGCAAUAGUGUAAAGGCUGCGCCAGGAAUAACUCUUCAUAAAUCUUUGAAAUGGCGUUGUUUACUCUCUCCGAUGGCAGUAAGUAAGGGCUCAGGGUACUUUACAAAGUGCUAUUUUGUCUUGUUGGUUAAUAUAAUGAUACAAGGAACACCUAAGAGAUUGAUGGGCCCAUAGAGCGAUGAAGGAUAUUGGAUAUUUCAACUAAAUUGAAGAGGUGGAGGCUGUGCCGGUGUUGCAGAAUGGUGUUGUAAGAAUCACUGUUGGUGUUUUGGUUGUAAAACUAUCACGGGUGUACACACACACACACACACCAGUGUGCACUAGGCAUCGGUCUCUGUCCUGAUAUGAGGAAAUAGAGUAGUGGGGAUAUUUUAUGGUAUCUGUCACUUUGUUUGUUGCUCCUGUUGUGAUGUGUAAUGCAUCAGGUUGCAGUGUUUCUUAGCUAAUAGAGAGCAUAUGUUUCUAUUUUUGAGGGCCCUUGUUACCUGUCUCGUCGUUUUGUGCAGUGGUGUGUGUGUGUGUGUGUGUGUGUGUGUGUGUAUUUUCUGCUGUGUGUGUAGUUGAGUUCUGUCUUGCAUUCCAUGGGGAGUUGUUAUGUUAUUAACCAGCUACAUUUUGGUUGUCUUGUCAGCCAGCUUGACGGAGGCGAGGCGAGUGUGUCGUGGCGCUCCGUUCGCUGUGUAUUCGGUGUAUUCGUCUGUUUCCAUAGAUACCUCUGUAUCCAUCUGUUUGAUCACGUUAUAAAAGAGAUGUUCUAUAUUUAGCUGCUCAUCAGAUGUGGUAUUUUGGAACAGUAAGUCUCCUCUAAUCAUCCUUCAAUAGAGGAGAAGCCUGCUCUCUCUCUCUCUCUCUUUUUCACUCUCUUUCGCUCUCUCUCUUUCUCGCCAUCGCUCUUUAGUUUUCUCUCUUCAUUACUUCCUCUCCCACCCUCUCUCUCUCUUUCUCUUUUUCUGUGUCAUUCUCCCUGUUCACCAUGGCUUGUUUUCUCUUCUCUUUUAUGUGCUGAGAAUGAGCUCCCUGCUCUCUCCCCAGAGGAACCUGUCUCUGUGCGUGUGUGUGUGUGUGUGUGUGUGUGUGUGUGUGUGUGUGAGUGAGAGGCUGUAAUUAGUAGCUCCGCUGCGUCAGAGUUAGCUAGCGUCACAGUGUAACACUUGGCUCCCCAGCCUUCUCUUUCCCUCUCUCUCUCUCUCGCUCUCUCUCUCUUUCUCUCUCACACACACACACACACACAUACACGCUCGCGCACACACACACAUCUAGCAAGGGUUUCAUGUGAUGUAGGCCUGUCUCGAUUUUGUCUUCUUCACGUUCAACAACACCUACUCGACACUCUGUCUUGUCCUACCAUCGUCUGUCUGUGCUGUUGUCAACAGAUUGUGUGGCAGCAUGGUUAUAACUUUAUGUGUUCUCUGGCCCAUCCUCACUGCACUGCACUGCAUACACACACACACACAUUAACCAAAACAUAGAGGGACACAGCCUACCCCGCCAGCAUGCAUGUCACAUCUUGUGUACUCCUCCAAUUGAUGUGUGAAAUGACAAGCUUUUUUUCUACUCUCCGUCUUUCCCUCCUACCUUUCUCCUAUUUCUACUCUACUGUACUUUACUCUACUAUUGUAGAUGGGAUGGGUCGAGUCUUAGCGCAGGACGUCUAUGCCAAAGACAACCUGCCUCCAUUCCCUGCAUCAGUCAAAGAUGGCUACGCCGUGCGAGGUGAGAUGCCAGGACUAGUGGGUGUACAGUUUAGGAGUUUGAGAGAUUACAAUGCUAGACUUUAGUAUCAGUGCUUGUUUUUGUGUCUUUGACCAUUGCAGCCUUUUCAGCUAUUUAUGUCUUACUGUUCUCUCGCUCUCUCCUGCUAUCGCUCUCCCCAUCUCCAUCCCUCCCUCUCUCCCUCUCUCUCUCUCUCUCUCCCUCUCAGCGGCUGAUGGUCCUGGAGAUCGCUUCAUCAUUGGAGAGUCACAGGCAGGACAGCAGGUGAGCUCCUUACAGUUUGUGAGCCCUGAUAUUCUGGAGUGUUGCUUUGAGAACAUACUAUAAUAAGAACUCCCCUCCCUUUUCCUACCUCUGUGUGAGUCAGAGUAUUCACCUGGGCUAUCCUGCAAUGUGAAGUUACACAGGUCACUGGCUCAGCUGUGAUUACAAGACUCUCCACAGAGACGGACCAUGUCCUCUCUCUACCUCUACACAGAGUUUUAUAUAGAGCUCUGCUCUACACACAGACCCUGUCUCUGCAACACUCCACUCGGCUUUCUUACAAUUGUCACACAGCCUCCAUUAUGGAGCCUCGUGUUCAAGAGUAGCUCAAGUGUAUCUUGUGAAAAUGGUAUACAGUCGAUUGAUUUUCCCAAUUGAAAUGUUGAUAACACUACUCCAUGCCGGCAGUUAUAAUGCAUUAUGAUGCAGCUAUAAUGCCUUAAAAGACUUUCCAUUAGCAUGUUUAACACCUUUAUAAUGUCCAACCUGUGUGUGUCCCUGUAGCCCACCCACACAGUGAUGCCGGGCCAGGUGAUGAGGGUGACAACGGGGGCUCCUAUCCCCUGUGGGGCGGAUGCUGUGGUGCAGGUGGAGGAUACUGAACUGCUCCGAGAGUCUGAGGACGUGAGUCAACCAUGACCUAUGACAACUUCCUGUCCCCAUCUCAAUUAUCACAACAACCUUUAUUGGAAUACACUAUACAAAUGCAAUACAAUAACAUACAAUCUGUCUCUCUCCUCUCUCUUUCUCAACUCACUCCCCUUUUCCCUCAACACUCUCUCAUCUGUCUCCUGUACCUCCUCUCCACAAACGGACAGCCUUUCUAUGUUGUACAUAGACUUACUCAUCUGCCACAAUCCUCUUCCUUACAAUAUACUGUACUGUAUUUUCUUCACUAACCUGUUUGUCGUUGCAGGGCACAGAAGAGCUGGAGGUGCGGAUCUUGGUACAGGCACGGCCUGGACAGGACAUCAGGUGAGCGAGAAGUUUUAGGUUGUACCAAUCAGGCUGGUGGGGUCAAUUCCAUUUAAAUCCAGUCAAUUCAGGAUGUAAACUGAAAUUCAAAUGUUCCUUAAUGCUGUUCUGUAUCAGUACUAUACCACACAGUCAUCUAUAUCUCUGUCUCCCCUCCCUCCAGGCCUAUAGGUCAUGAUAUAAAGCGUGGGGAGUGUGUCCUGUCCAAGGGAACCCACAUGGGCCCCUCUGAGAUCGGCCUGCUGGCCACCGUAGGAGUCACUGAGGUGGAGGUGCAGAAGUUCCCUGUGGUGGCUGUCAUGUCCACUGGCAACGAGGUGAGCACACGCACGCACGCUCGCAUGCAUGCACACACAUUUUGUCUUCUCUCAUGGUGUCUUUAAUACCUGGGUUUGAGGUUAGAGAGGCGUGUAAGGCGGCAACCGAUUGCUGGGUCAAAUCCCAGGUCUGUUGGGAAGAUCUUGCAGGAUGUGAGAUGGUUUCCAAUAGACAAUGGAUAAUUAUGUAAUCUUCUUCUUUGUGUGUGUGUGUGUGUGUGUGUGUGUGUGUGUGUGUGUGUGUGUGUGUAGCUGUUGAACCCAGAGGAUGACCUGCACCCAGGGAAGAUCAGGGACAGUAACAGAUCUACACUGCUGGCCACCAUUCAGGAGCACGGAUACCCUACCAUCAACCUGGGCAUCGUCGGAGACAAGUCAGUGAACAUAACUCAAUCAUAACCCCCAAUAACAAUUGGCUUGUCUACCCUCCUAGAAAACAUUGGGCUGGUUUCAUGGACGCACAUUACUCCUAGUCCCGGAAUCUGAAAGUGCUUUUUAGUCCAGGACUAGGCUAAAUCUGUGUCUGCAAAACUGUAGAUAGAUAUAUACGAUCAAAAAGAUGGGAGGGUCUGAACUAUGACCUUUCCCCUACAGCCCAGAUGACCUCCUCAACGCCCUGAACGAGGGCAUCAGCCGUGCUGAUGUCAUCAUCACCUCAGGGGGCGUGUCCAUGGGAGAGAAGGUAAGAUCCAAUCCAAAUGAAAUGUUUAAAUAAAAAAGAGAAGGGGAUGAGAGGUAGGGCAGCAAGCUCAUUUGGAUGGACAUUUUUGCGAGAGGUCAUUGUGUUUGAGAGAGCUAAAUCAAUUCCAUCACGGCUAGGUAGUAGGGGCUAGAACUCGUUUUGGAAUUCACCACAACAGUUUGUUUUCUAUGUUGAACCUCACGUACUGUCCAGCUCAUGCACUCUGCUGCCAUCUGUUGUUCUGACCCAGCUGGUACUCCUUGGUGAUGAAGCGGCUGGUUUGGCUGACCUUUUGAAUGUUUACUGCUUAGCUGAGUUCUCUGCUUCCCUCGCUGGGUUUUCUGCUCCAAUUAUUUAUGUUAUUGGAUCACAUAUUUACACCUCACCAUCUGUCAGAGACCGGCAGACAUGUUAAAGAUGCACAAAGUUUCCAUUCGAUUAGAAGUUUAAUCCUCUCCCAUGUGUUCCUGGCAAUAUCAAAGUCGAUUCAGUUAACUUUAUCGGCAUGGAAUACACUGUAAAUACAGUACAAUAACAUACAAUGAAUCUCUUUGCGUUUCAGGACUACCUGAAGCAGGUGCUGGACAUUGACCUCCAUGCCCAGAUCCACUUUGGACGGGUCUUUAUGAAGCCAGGGUGAGACGUGAUGGGGUUAUUCAAAGUUUAUGCCUUCUUAAUUAAUUAAGUGAGGAUGGUUUAGAAGAGUUGGAUAGUCCAUCAUGGAAGGUCUCACUGAGUUUGUCAUCUCUCCUCUUUAGUCUUCCCACCACGUUCGCCACUGUAGACAUUGACGGGGCACGGAAACUGAUAUUUGCUCUACCAGGUAUGUCUUGAUGAGAUCUGCAUGUCAUGUGUACAGUGUGUGUACUGUGUGUACUGUAUGUUGUGUGUGUUUGUGUGUAUAAAUGUUGUUGUUGAGUCUCAGGACUGGCAGGGGACCGCUGGUCUUGACUGAGAUCUCAGGCACUUAUCUGUGUCUCUGCUCUGAGUCCAAAACGCCACCAUUUACCAACCAAAUAUAUGUUUCCUUGAGGGAAACAUGUUAUAUUAAUCCAGCAGCAUGCCCUCAGACAGAGGUAAUGUUUCUCUUUAAUCACACUCCCCUUUCAGUUUCCACAGCAUCUUGGAACCCUUCCAACCCACAGCAGCCAUUUCUAUUCUCUCUGAUUGAUCAUUUUCAUUUUGUAAAUGAGUUGUAAUUAGUAUUAUAACCAUGUUUGUGUGUGUUGGUAUUUUUAUAUAAGCCCUCCAAAACCAUGCUCCUGUGUUUUAUCUCAGACUCACACAGCCCAAAAACUCAAACCGCAGCCAACCCUGACCCCCAUCCAAACCAAACCUGAAAUUUGACCCCUAUUUGACCCACCCAACCAAUCAAAGUGCCCUGCCUCCUCUCUUACUCAAGCCUGCUGACAACAGCCUCUUGUCCCUCUACUUUCCUAGCAUUCGACCUGGCCACUCCACACCUCUCCAUAGGCCCCAGCCCAGGACUCCUUAGUCCCUUGCCCAGGCCCCCUGCCUCUGCCCGUCCUAUUGCCAACCUGCCCCAGCACCCCUGCCUUGUCUCUGCCCGUCCUACAUAUGUCCGGACGGCUAGUCUGUGGCUGUGGUGACCGCCACUCUUUUUAUAUUCCCCCUUUAAGGUAAUUUCACCUUCAGAGACACAGGCGCCAUUCGCAUCGACCCUGUGCCCGACAGUGAGGCAAGCAGGGUGCCCGUGCCACCGCCCCCGCGCGGAAGUAGGUGCUACCAACCUGGUUGACCAUACUGUACCGUUCAGUGUGCUGCUCUCUACCUGAAAGCAAGCUUACUUCACCUGAGCUCAGAAAACGGAAUUUAAACUGAAAAUGGGAAAUGUGUUUUUUCUUUAAGAGUGCUUAACUGAAACUCGACCCAACUCAAAUUAUAUGGGCUUCAAAUUAUCUAAAAAACUUUUUAUCAGGCCAAAUGGAUACAUUUUAUUUUUUGUAUUUUUGUCUCCCAGACUUUGGGCAUGUUUGGGGGAAUUUUUGUCAGUUUUUCUAGUGGUUAUUAAACUAAACAAGAUCACUACACCUUUUAGUGAACCCAAACUUGAAUCUUAACAAAACAUAAAAUAAACUUGAGUUUUUCUUUACUUAUGUGAUUUUCUGUUCUGUUUUCUGAGAGAUAAAUAUUGUUUUGUUUCUUUAACGUUUCUGUGGUGUUGCUGUUGGUUCUGUCGCUCCUCGUUCUGUUUCUCAGUAUGUCCCCAAGUCCCUGCCCCUGUGAGUAUCUAUCCCAUGAUUCCAUGCUGUUGCUUGUUGUUGUGAUUUGAGAGCGCCGCUCACCCUCUCCCCCUGAUAUUGCUACCCCUCACCGCUGCUUGUUGGUGUAAAGAGAUAGCACUCACAAACUUGUCCCACUCUCAAGAGCUCUCACCCACCAGUCCCUCCUCUGUGAAAACGUUAAAAGGCAGAAGCGUACAUGUCUCACUGUCUACCUCCCCAUUCCUCCAGCCCCAGCCCAGGUCCCCAGCCGCAGCCUGGCCCCCAUACUGACAGACCAGUGGGGUGAAGAAAACCACUGCCCUAUGCACUGAGCCCUUGUCCUGUCCUACAGGGGCUACUAGCUGGAGCAUGUCAACAACAACAAUGCUCCUCAACCCCAACCCGUCCAAACCUUCCCAGGCCUAUCCUGCCGUCUCCCUCCUCAGCCCUGAACAGUGGUAAUGUCCCCUCCUUGUCUCCCUCUCAUCCUCAGCACCUCUCUCUCUGUUGGUCAGGUAACCCAGUGUCUGCUGUCGUCACCUGUAACCUCUUCGUCAUCCCUGCUCUGAGGAAGAUGCAGGGGAUCCUGGACCCUCGGCCCACCAUUAUCAAAGCCAGGGUAAGUUAACAGCACUGGCUGUUAUGGAGGGUUUCUGGACACUAGGUCAAAAAAAUACAGGUUAAGACAGUGUAAUAAUUAAAUGCGGCAGCGUUAGAAAUUGGAACAGCGCUGUUGCUGAUUCUAAACUAUUAACAUUGAAAACGUGACCAGCGGUUAGGAAAUCAAGUAAUAAAGUGUCUGUAGAUCAUUAGAAAAACAUUUACAGUACAUUCGGAAAGUAUUCAGACCCAUUGACUUUUUCCACAUUUUGUUACGUUACAGCCUUAUUCUAAAAUGGAUACAAUAAUUGUUUUCUCUCAUCAAUCUACACAUAAUACCCGAUAAUGAAAAAGCAAAAACAGGUUUUAAGAAAUGUAUUCAGACCCUUUGCAAUGAGACUCGGAAUUGAGCUCAGGUGCAUCCUGUUUCCAUUGAUCAUCCUUGAUGUUUCUACAACUUGAUUGGAGUCCACCUGUGGUAAAUUAAAUUGAUUGGACAUGAUUUGGAAAGGCACACACCUGUCUAUAUAAGAUCCCACAGUUGACAGUGCAUGUCAGAGCAAAAACAAGAAGACUCUAGGCUGUAAACGCUGCCAAAGGUACUUCAAUAAAGUACUGAGUAAAGCAGGGUUGCCCAAUCCUGUUCCUGGAGAGCUACCCUCCUGUAGGUUUUCGCUCCAACCCCAGGUGUUACUAACCUGAUUAAUCUUAUAAACCUGCUAAUUAUUAGAAUCAGGUGUGCUAGAUAAGGAUUGGAGCAAAAACCUACAGGACAGUAGCUCUCCAUGAACAGGGUUGGGCAGUCCUGGAGUAAAGGUUCUGAAUACUUAUGUAAAUAUGUGUGCCAUAUGUUUGCUGAGUAGUUAGCUGAAAUUCACUACAAUUGUGUUUAUUUUCUACUUUGAUGGCAAACUUUCUGUACUGCUAGCAUUCAAUUCCAGUCAUUUUCGCUCUGGCGCUGGUCCAAUGAAUGUAGUUAUUUUCUAACGCAUCUGCAUGGAAUUAUUAGGUUGUCUUAACCUUCUCUAUCUUCAACCUAGUCUGGACACGGGUGAAAUACAGGCACAAAAUGAAAAAGCGUGCCACCUUGCAUUCAUGGUCCUUGGAGCCAGAUAUGUGUGUCCUUUGAGCUUGCUGCAUAAGUUAGGGAGUUCGAGGGAGAGCUGGAGAGGGUUUUAUACACAUAGCUUUAAUGCAAAUACGUUGGGGUUUAAAUUUGAGUGUGAUGUCAUCAUUCUGCUCCCUGCUCUCUCCUGUGUGUGUAAACAGCUGUCCUGUGAUGUAAAGUUGGACCCUCGUCCAGAGUACCACCGCUGCAUCCUGACAUGGCACCACCAGGAGCCUCUGCCAUGGGCACAGAGCACAGGUAUUAUCACAUACUAAGUAAAUACACAAUAGUUUGUCAGCAUGUUUGCAUGGAAUAAUGGAUAAGGGAAAAUGCUUAUCAGAAAGUUUAUCCUUGCCAUGUUAUAGACUCUCUCUCUGUCUCCCCACCCUCCUCCCCCUCUUGUCCCCUCCCCCCUUUCUAACCACCCUCUCCUUCAUUCUCUCCUCUCUCUCACUCUUUCUCUCUCUCUCUUUCUCCCUCUCCACCUCUACAGGAAAUCAGAUGAGUAGUCGACUGAUGAGCAUGAGAAGUGCCAAUGGGCUGCUGAUGUUGCCUCCUAAAACAGAGCAAUACGUGGAGCUGCAUAAAGGAGAGGUUGUGGAUGUGAUGGUCAUAGGACGACUAUGAUGAUGUCAUCUUACAGGGACAGAUAGAUAGAGAGGAAGUGGUGCAUGUCCACAUAUCAUAACUAUUCUGUAAUACGUAACGGCACAGCAAGUUUUUAUUGAUUUGGAUAAUAAAGUUGAUCAAGUAUAAUUAAUCAACAUCUCGAAUACAAAAUAAAUGAGUACAUACAUUGAUCAUGAAAAUAUGAAUUUGAAAAGAUAAUUGUAUUUCAAAGAAAGACAAAAUGUAAUACCUUUUAAAAGUGGAGAAAAAUAUAUAUAAAACAUAAGAGAUUUAUUCUGUAAUAUAUUAUAUUAUUAUUAUAAGUAUCAUGAUUAUUAUGAUAAUUAUUAAUAUUAUAUUAUCAUCAUAUUAAGCAACUCUGUUUCUCUUUCAUCCUUGCAAUUGCUUUGUGUGUUCAACCCUAGACCUUAUAGAUAGAUAGCAGUAGCAUUUCAAUAGGAAGCUGUAGGUGCUUAACAGGAUUAAAAAAGAAAGCCUAUUUUCUUAUCUCACAAAAAGGUUAAAAAUACAUCUUUUUUUUUUUUUUUUACAAUGAAAACUCUUUCGAGAUAAUGUCAGAAGUCCCCCUUGGUCUAUGUCCUGAUUCUCCAUCCUUCUCCUGAAGUGUGCACAUUGGCUGGAGGGAGUUUCCACCGUUGCUAAAUCCAUGCAAGAAAGUAUACAGGAAAAGAGUGGAGAAUCAGGAUGUAGCCUUGGUGCUCUGGCUUGAUAGGAGAAGUGCUUUCAGGGUCCUGAGGGUGCCUUUAGGUGACAGCUAUCUUUACCUCCCUUUAGUAUUCUUCUCUUCUAUGCCACAUUAUAUUGGCUUCAUUAUGCUUCAUAAUGGCUUCACACACAGCUUUACUUGUCGUUUAUCUUGUGAGUCGUGUUUAUGUGCGCAGUGCCAAAAGUGGCAGGCAUCAUGAUGAGACCUGGUCCUGUAUUUAUAAAGUGGCUCUGAGUAGGAAUGCUGAUCAAGGAUCAAGGCCCGUAUCCACAAAGCAUCUCAGAGUAGGAGUCCUGAUCUAGGAUUAUUAAUUAUGAUCUAAAAUGCAAAACGGAUCCUAGAUCAGAACUCCUACUCUGAGAUUAUAAGCAUUUCGCCUCACCUGCUUUAACAUCUGCUAAUCUGUGUACGCAACAAUAAACAUUGAUUUGAUUUUUAUUUGAGAUGCUUUGUGGAUGCAGGUCCAGGUCCCCCCGGUCUAUAUAAUCGUAUUAAUUAUGAUUUUUAAAAAAUAAACUGAUCCUAGAUCAUCACUCCUACACCUUUAUGAAUACAGGCCUUAAAGGCGGAGGAAGGCAGUGGCCCACUAGCUUCAUCAGUCUAACCUCACCUGGUCCCACACAGAGAUAUGUAUAUUCUGGCUCUGGUUCCACAUGCCCUUCUACUCUACCAACACCACCUCUCUCCCCCCCACCCUCACCCCUCCAGGACUGCUCACCUCACACACACUAGUACAGAUAGAUGAGGGAACUGGGGUAGGGAGAGAACUUUCUCUUUUAUUUGUUUAAUUUCAGAAGGAAGAAACAGCUUAUUUAAAGUGCUGACUGCCUUUUUAACAACUAUUAAAACAAUGUACAGAAAAAUUAAUUAAUAAAAAAGUGAUAUUGUACAGAUGUUAUGGUGACCAGCACUCCUAAAGAAAUUAAUGAAGCAAUGAGGAGAUAUUGAACUCUGUACUAUAAAACAUUUCUGUAACGAUAUUGAUGAAACUGAUGAAAAAUAAAAAAUCCUUGAUCAUUAUGUAAAACGAUUAGUUCAGUCUCUUAUUUAUGUCCUCUUGGAAAAAUCGAACUAUUUUAUUUUAUUCUACGCUACAUAGAGUACAUAAUAUAAUAUUUAUUUCUACAGCAUUGGUCCUUGAUUUGAUUGCCUUGAUUUCAGCAAAAAGCUUUGCAUAAAAACACUGCAUUUUUCAUUUAAUUCACCCUGUCACUUUAUAGAUAUAAAGUAAUCUUUCAUUGGACAAGAUAUAUCAUUGUUUAGGAUCCUGUGAGCAGCAUUGACCAAUCGCGAACAUUGUUUCAUGAAUGUAACGUUACUUGGGGCGCUGUGGAGCAAAUGGGAGACCCUUGACGUCUCAACCCUUGAGUUGGAAAUUAUUCCUAAUAAUGCAAGCUACGGCGGGAGAGAGGAUCUCGACUGAUAUUGUGGCACAAAGUUAGCAAAGUUGAGUCUUUCUUCACUCAAUUGAUACAAAAACAAAUGGAAUAACAUUGGACACCUCAAUGAAGUAUAUAUUUUCGACACCGUUGCGGGAAAAAGUGAGUAGUUCUCUUCCAUUUCCUAUGUGUUUUGGGGUGGCAUUGUUUGCAACAGGUUGCCAGGAAGCUAACGUUAGCUAGCAUGCUAGCAUUAUCUAGCGCGAGCUUUUAAAGUUUAUGCUACCUAGUAAACUAGCAUAAUAGAGCAUUUCACAUCAGGUUGAACUAAAGUUGUUGAUGUUUCAACUGUGUGGGUUAACAACUAAAUAGUCUAUUUGCUUGUGUAAAAUUGUCACUGAAAUGACCAUGUCACUUUUAAUCCAACCCAUGUCACAGCGAAAAAUGUCGCAACGCAAUGCCAGGCUAGUUGGCUAAGAAGCUAGCUGGGCGGACUAGUAUCUAGCCCAACCCAUAGAAAUUGAAUGAUUCUAGUUAUUUCUAUGGCCCUACCUGUUGCGUGUGUGAAGUUUGGGUGCCUUCAUUGAUGCACUGUUUGAACAGGCAUUUUGUUUAUAGCUUUUUGAAUAAGACAACGUUUUGCAUUUGAGUUCUGCUAUUAGCUUACAAGGUGGAAUUCUAGCUAUGAAAAAUGAUAGUAUUCCAGCCUGGAGUCAGGACGCCAGGAUUCUCGCCUUACAACCCUUCCCCUACUGUAUUAUGUCUCAACAUUCUAUUUAACCAAUUUACCAGUUAGGUACAAAUGCAUGAUGUCGACAAAGGGAAUGAGGUGGCUGUCAGUCUGUUUUGACAGCAAUGCAAUAGUCUGACCAGAUAGUCAUCAAUUAACAUAGACUGCUGAUCUUCAUUUGGUCACCAGCUCUCAACAUCUAUCAGCACUGAAGUAUGCUCUACCACUGAGGUUAUGCCAGUAUUGUGAUAUACAGAAGAUAGACCUGUUUGAUAAAUGACCCAAGUCCAUAUUAUGGCCAGAACAGCUCAAAUAAGCAAAGAGAAAGACAGUCCAUCGUUACUUUAAGACAUGAAGGUCAGUCAAUACGCAACAUUUAAAGAACUUUGAAAGUUUCUUCAAGUGCAGUCGCAAAACCAUCAAGCCCUAUGAGGAAACUGGCUCUCAUGAGUUACCUCUCCUGCAGAGGAUAAGUUCAUUAGAGUUACCAGCCUCAGAAAUUGCAGCACAAAUGAAUGCUCCACAGAGUUCAAGUAACAGACACAUCUCCAAAUUGGAGGUCCGAAUUUGAGGUUUUCAACAGGACAAUGACCCAAAACACACCUCCAGGCUAUGUAAGGGCUAUUUUACCAAGAAGGAGAGUGAUGGAGUGCUGCAUCAGAUGACCUGGCCUCCACAAUCCCCCGACCUCAACCAAAUUAAGAUGGUUUGGGAUGAGUCAGACCGCAGAGUGAAGGAAAAGCAGCCGACAAGUUCUCAGCAUAUGUGGGAACUCCUUCAAGACUGUUGGAAAAGUAUUCCAGUUGAAGCUGGUUGAGAGAAUGCCAAGAGUGUGCAAAGCUGUCAUCAAGGCAAAGGGUGGCUAUUUGAAGAAUCUCAUAUUUUGAUUUAACACUUUUUUGGGUUACUACAUGAUUGCAUAUGUGUUAUUUCAUAGUUUUGAUGUCUUCAUUAUUAUUCUACAAUGUAGAAAAUAGUAAAAAUAAAGAACAACCCUUGAAUGAGUAGGUGUUCUAAAACUUUUGACCGGUAAUGUAUGUACAGGUCAAACCCGAAAAGCAAUACACAAUGAAGGGUAUCAAUGAAGCCCACAUCCAGGUACUGUAGAUGGCUACAACCUUAUCAAUCAGGCAGCACCCACACUGAUCGCUUAUUACCUUCAGCCUGAUACUUUCUUGGCCAAAAAGAACACAAGUCCAAAUCUUAUUAGUUUCCUUAAUCACAUGCCUCCAGUCAGCUGAUAGUGUUCUGCUAUUCACAGAUAAGGUGGUCUGCCUCCAAUCACUUACCUAAAAUAGCCAGGAAGGACCCUACCCACCUUGCUUAUCAACACCAUUGAGAGUGGUUGGUUUCCCCUCAGAAUCAAUGUUGUAUUGUCAACAAUCGGUCCUGAAUUCUCAAAUUAGCCUGUGCUAUCAUAUCUGAUGAUAAGCUACAGAAUGCAUGACAGCCAAGAGUGUUCCCCUUAUUUUGACAAGUUCGUCAUUUAAGGUAUUCAGGUACCUGUAUCUCCGAUACUUCCCCUCAUUCAUCAACAGCCGAGUGAGCCUAAACCUAAAUGGCUCCUAACUAUUAUGACAUCUGCUUUCUGGUACACUUUCAGAAUGAGUUUUAUUUAAAUGUUUUAAUUUUAAUUGCAAGACGUUGUCCCUGCAGACACUUUACUCAUAGUCUAGCCUAUAGCUUUUGGAAGUUUAGUAAACAUACCGGUUGAACAUGGAUGGAUGUCUUGCGAACUUUCACAAAUUUAGACAUUUAGGGACAUAUGCAAUGUGGUCAUUCUGGUCAACUAUGCCCAGCAACAGCAGGUCGAAAAUGGAGUUGGCUAGUAGGCCUACUGCCUGGACUGGACUCCUUGGCUUAUAGGCUACAUUUGUAGAUUAGCCUAGCUGCUUGGCUCUCUCUGACUCUGUAUCGGUUUCAGUGAUAGCCAGGGAGAGGGAGAAUUAAAGUGCUAAUGCUGUCCCCCUGUCGAGUCAUGUUACCUAGCUAGCAGCGCUGAUCUGAGGAACUUCCUGGAAGUGUGUGUGUCCAGUGUCCAGCUAUUCUCUCCUAUGUAGCUGAUGUAAUGGCAUCACCUCAUAGGUACAGUAGAUCUUCUGCGAACAAAGAGCUAGGCUGUAUCAUGUAAUUUAGCCUACUUGUUUCUUGUGUGAGGAAGCUCAUAACCUCCUACUUUCACAUUUUAUUUGAAACACACACACAGUAGUGAGCUGAGGUGAGGACUGUUCAGCAUGUCUGCAGGGCCUGCUCCGGGAGGGACUGGGCCCUGGACCCUGGCCAGGAACACACAGUACCUCAGUGUUCUCUCUGACCUGUUUGUGUCCCCCAGGAAUUCUCAAUCUGUCGCUCACUCACUGUGAGGGGAAUCGCUGUCCCCCACCGGCCCCCGGCCCUGCUGUCCGCCUCAGCUAG